AGAAUGGGUAAUUCCAGUUCUCUUUGUUCCAAUCAGAACGCCGUACGAAGCUACGAUGAAAAUAGUUCACCUGUGUAUCCAUCGGCAGUGAAUUCGUACAGCCCCUCUCAUGGUGGCCAGAGAACCCCAAACGAACACCACUAUUAUAAAACAACAAUACCGAUAAACGAACAGAAACAACAACAGCAACAAUGCAAAUGUAAUGGCAAUGGCACAAUCCAAACACCAGCAACAGCUGAUGGCAAAGCCACAACAACAGCUGCUGCUGCUGGUGCCCCUAUGCGAAAUGCCUGUCAUGAUAUCCAUGACGUCACAACUAAUGCCAUACCAAGCGGGGUUCCCUCAAUAGUGCCGUCGUUGGCAACAGCAACCCCACCAGUUUGCAGCUGUAUGGGAAUGCGCAAUGGCCAAACAAAUGAGAAUCAUACGACGGCUACAACAACCACCACCACCACGACCAUUGAAUAUGAGUUGACGAACGGCAUUGCAAAGCUCUCAAAAAUCAGUACCAGUCGAGUAGCCGCCGAGCAACCAUCAAACGCAAACGCCGCUUCAGUUAACGUACUGAAAUCCGAAUCUCAAACGCGACUUAAUUGUGAAACGGUAGCAACCCAGUCGGAGACCACCAACUCAAAAGUACCUCUACUUUCCCAAGCGGACCUGGAUGAUUUGAUGCGAAAUGUCAGUGCAAUAAACGCCGUCAAUCGAACAUUACGUCAUACAUACUCUAACCAACAAGGACACCUCUACAACCACCAGCAGCAGCAACAAACACCCUUGUACAAUCUACAGCAACGUUCGAAUAUUCACAUGGAUUUUUCAAGCAUGAACGGUUCCAGCAACGGUAGUCCUCUUAAAAAAGUUCCCCGCGAUCGUCUCGGUUUGUGGGGCGCUGGUGGCGACAAUGAUGUACCCGGUAACGUUUCCGGCUUACAACGUUUGCAACAGAAAAAAUAUAACAAGGGUUUGGCUUUUAGCCUCGAAGAACGUCAACUACUCGGCAUUCAAGGUCUUUUGCCAGCCCGAGUAAAAACUGAAGAAGAACAAGUUGAACACUGUUUACUGUUGCUCGAUAGAUUGGAAAAUGAUUUGGACAAAUAUAUGUAUUUGAAUACUUUGGCCGAACGCAAUGAACGUCUGUUCUACAAAGUAUUAUCGUCGGACGUAUCCAAAAUGAUGCCCUUGGUUUACACUCCUACUGUGGGUUUGGCUUGCCAAAAAUUCAGUUUAAUCUUCCAAUAUCCAAAGGGCAUGUACAUUAAUAUCAACGAUAAGGGACAUGUCUAUGAAGUGUUGAGGAACUGGCCAGAAACUGAUGUUCGCGCUAUUGUCGUCACCGAUGGUGAACGUAUUUUGGGUUUGGGCGAUUUAGGUGCCAACGGCAUGGGUAUUCCUGUAGGCAAACUGUCUUUGUACACUGCUUUGGCUGGCAUCAAGCCCAGUCAAUGCCUACCUAUCACAUUGGAUGUUGGCACCAACACCGAAAGUAUUCUCAACGAUCCCCUCUACAUUGGAUUGCGCCAGAAACGCGUCACUGGCCCCGAAUAUGACGAAUUCAUUGAUGAAUUCAUGCAUGCCGCUGUACGCCGUUUCGGCCAAAAUUGCCUCAUCCAAUUCGAAGAUUUUGCCAACGCCAAUGCUUUCCGUCUCUUGAAGAAAUAUCGCGAUGACUUCUGUACCUUCAACGAUGAUAUCCAGGGAACAGCUUCUGUUGCCGUAGCUGGUCUGCUGGCUUCACUGAAAAUCAAGAACACACAACUGAAAGAGAAUAAGAUCCUCUUCUUUGGUGCUGGAGAAGCUGCUUUGGGUAUUGCCAAUCUAUGCCUAAUGGCUCUGAUGAAGGAGGGUCUAAGUGAAGCCGAAGCUAAAGAACGCAUUUGGAUGGUUGAUAGCAAGGGUCUGAUUGUAAAGAAUCGUCCCACCGGUGGUAUCACUGAACACAAGCUACAUUUCGCCCAAGAUCAUGCACCUAUUGACACCUUAGCCGAAGCCGUCGAAACGCUACAACCAUCCGUACUCAUUGGUGCCGCCGCAAUUGGUGGAGCUUUCACAAAGGACAUUCUUGAGAAAAUGGCCGAAUACAAUGAUAUUCCAAUCAUUUUCGCUUUGUCGAAUCCCACCAGCAAGGCGGAGUGCACCGCUGAAGAGGCCUACAAAUACACAAACGGCAAAUGUAUCUUUGCUUCGGGUUCACCAUUCGACCCCGUCGAAUAUAAUGGCAAAACCUUCUAUCCCGGCCAGGGUAACAAUUCGUAUAUUUUCCCUGGUGUUGCUUUGGGUGUUCUCUGUGCCGGUAUGUUGACCAUACCAGAAGAAGUGUUCCUGAUGUCAGCUGAACGUCUAGCAGACCUUUGUGAGCCAGAAGAUUUGGAAAGAGGAAGCCUUUAUCCACCAUUGAAGAAAAUCACAGAAUGUUCGGUGGAAAUUGCAGCCUAUAUUAUGGAAUACGCCUACAAGAACGGAUUGGCUACAGUUCGUCCCGAGCCCGAGGAUAAACGUGAAUUCAUUAAAUCACAAAUGUAUGACCUACAUUAUUCAUCGGCCAUACCAGAAGUCUACUCAUGGAAUCAGAAGCUGUAAAUCAUAACCAUUUGGAGCUAUGCAUGAAUCGGAAAUGUACAAAAGAAACCGUUAAUAGUUAUUAAUCGUCAUAUCGGAUAUACUAA